CUUUUCAGAUUUAGCCGAUUCUAAAUUGUCUCAUCAGCAACGCAUAAACCAUGGCUUCCUACAGAGGCAGUGUAAAAGACUUUGUACACUUCAAUGCCAAGCAGGAUGCCGAGGUCCUGCACAAGGCCAUGAAGGGCAUUGGCACCGAUGAGGAUGCCAUUCUCAUGCUCCUAUCAUCGCGUAGCAAUAAACAACGGCAGGAAGUCAAGGCAGCAUACAAGAAGACUUACGGGAAGGAUCUUGUGAGUGCUUUAAAGUCAGAACUUGGGGGCUUGUUCGAGAUGCUUAUUGUUGCAUUGAUGACACCUCCCAUUUCCUAUGAUGCCUCUCUACUCAACAAAGCCCUCAAGGGGGUGGGGACCGAUGACGACGUGCUGAUUGAGAUCCUAGCUUCCAGGACUUGUGCCCAGAUUAAAGAGAUUGUCAAAGUCUACAAAAAAGAGUACGGUGGCAAGCUGGAGAAAGAUAUUGUCGGUGACACCUCAGGCCACUUCCAGAAGCUUCUAGUGAUCCUUCUGCAGGGGAGCAGAGAAAAAGGUGUAGAUGAAGACAGGAUUGAGAAAGAUGCGGAGGAACUUUUUGCUGCUGGCCAAGGGAAGGUUGGAACAGAUGAGGAGAAACUCAUCAACAUCCUGGGGAACAGGAGUCAUGAACACCUUCGCCUAGUAUUUGACGCAUUCAAGAAGCUAUAUGGCAAUGAUAUUGAGGAAAGCAUUGAGGGCGAGACCACUGGAAACCUGGAGAACUUAAUGCUGGCUGUUGUAAAAUGUGCGAAGAGUGUCCCAGCUUACUUUGCUGAGGCCCUCUAUGGGUCAAUGAGGCGUGCUGGCACUGAUGAAAAGACUCUGAUGAGGAUCAUGGUGUCCAGGAGUGAAGAAGACAUGUUAGACAUCAGAGCCUGCUUUAAGAAGAUGUAUGGGGUUUCUCUCUACAAUACUAUACAGGAAGACACUGAUGGAGACUUCGGAAAAGCCCUUCUCUAUCUUUGUGGCGGAAAUGACUGAGACGAUUUCUUGAUUA